UCUCUUUUACUGCCACAGAUUCUACUGCUGCUGCUGCUGCCGUUGCUGCUGUUACCGCUGCAGUUGCCGCCGCUGCUGCUUCUCUAACUUCGACUUGCGCUAUUAUAGUAAGAAUCGUUUCGCCGUUCAAUCGCCUCCACCACCAUCACUAACGCCGUUGCCAUUUUCAUUACCACCAUCACCACUACUACUACUACGCUUACUACUACUAUACUACUACUACUACUACUACUACUACUACUACUACUACUACUACACAUCAUCGUAUUGAUUUUAAUCCCAAAAAUUCCAGUGACUGAUAUCGUUACAACGACAACCACCACCGCCUCCAUAACAAACACCAACUCCACAACCACUACCAACUUCGCUAGGUACUUCUUUCCUUUAUAAAUGUAAAUCAGUGAUUCUGUGACCGGUAAUAUCUAAAAAGGAAAGAAAAAUUAAUAAUAAAUAAUAAUAUAAAUAAUAUUGAAGAAUAUAGAAUGAUAAGAUAAAGCUUGAAAUAAGACACAAUGUCCCGUAGGUAAAAUUGAUGAAUAGAAUGAUAUAUUGGUUUCGGUAGAUAGGUAUAGAUAAAUAGAUAACGAAAAGAGAUUUAGUGGAAAGGAAGAGUUUGGUUCUGUGACAGACGGUACUUAACAGCUUUUCUCGCUGUUGCUUUCACAAAACAAGCAAACAUUUUGGAACUUCUUAACUCCAACAAAACUACUUUUUUUUUGCGAGGAAUAAAACACAAAAGUGACUUCAAGGGAAAAGGUUUAAAAAAAAGUAUUUAUUAUUAUUAUCGUCUUUCUUGAGCAACAGCAACAACAAAAAUUACAGAAAUAGGAAUAGCCUAAGAAUGCAGGUGAUGUAAAUACAGGAAACUUAACAUGAAUAUCUCCCAAGAGAACGAAAAUACUUCAUUUGAGGAGCAUUGCUUAGACCUUAACAAAGACUUAGGUCCAUUUCAGUUUUACACCUGGGGUAUCGGCUCUAAUAUUAUUGCAAUCACUGGCAUCUUACUGAAUAUCUUCGCCAUCGCAGUACUUACUCAACCUCGGAUGCGCUCCUCCACAGCCAUAUACCUCAUUUCACUGGCCGUAUAUGAUAACGUCGUACUUCUUUCAAUGAUCAUUAAUUUCGCCAUACCAACUAUAAACACCAACGAGGCCUUCAAUGAUACAUAUUCGUUCAUGUACAGCUACCUCCAGCCGAUAGCUUACCCCAUCGCUCUCAUUGCACAAACAGGUACAAUCUACACAACAGUCGGAUUCACAGUGGAACGUUACGUAGCCGUUUGUAGACCCUUACAGGCAGCUAAUAUAUGCACGAUGAACAGAUCCAAGAAAGCGGUCUUGUGUAUUCUUUUAGGCUCAAUUAUGUAUAAUAUACCUCGAAUGUUUGAAUUCGAAACGAAAACUGAAUGGAAUUCUCAAUACAACCACACACGACCAACUUAUAGUACCACAGAACUUGGCAAGAACAAAAUCUACAAAGAAGUCUAUUUCAUUUACCUAAAUCUCCUUGUGAUGUUUUUGAUGCCUUUUACAUUACUCACCUAUCUUAAUACUUGUUUAAUUAAUGCUAUUCGCACAUCGCGCAAGUCUCGAAUGCAAAUGAGCUCUUCAGCGGUGAAGGAAAACAACAUGACAAUCAUGCUAAUAUCCGUUGUUGUAGUAUUUCUAGUCUGCCAGCUUCCAUCAAUUGCUGACAACAUCCUCUGGACGGUACUUAAGAACAAUCAACAAAACUGCAGUGCCGCUUACAUAAAGUUCACCACGAUCAGUAACUUGAUGGUAGUUUUCAACUCAGCCUGUAAUUUUGUUCUCUAUUGUCUCUUUGGCAAAAAAUUCAGGCGAGUUUUCAGCAAGUUAUUUUGUAGUAGAUUUCGUCGCUCGACAGUCCGGUAUCAGUUUCGACCAGAAUCAACCACUUUAGUUUCUCAUAUACGUGACAAUACAACAAAACUUUAUCACAUACAAGGACAUCAUGAAAUGGAAAGUACGUCAGUUUGACAAACUAAAGCAAUAAAACAUUUGCUCUAGAUUCUUCUACCAUUCCAUCUCACUACGUUUUAACAUUUUGUAAUAAUUACAUUCUUUGAACAACAUGUGUUUAUCUCUUUAGCAUAGUAACUGGUUUAAAAUAACAUAUUUUCUUUUGUGUUUUUCAAUAUUUAUAUAUUUUUCUGAAAUAUGCGUAGUUGUACAAAAUAUCUUAUUACUUUUGGCUUUUCUACUGGAUGAGUCUCUUAAAACUGUAUAACAUAUGUACAUAUGUGUGUGUGUGUUUGUAUGGUUGUAUGUAAAAUACUGGCGGUACCCCA